UGAUACUUGUUCCGGUACGGACAAUUAUCUAGUAGGACAAACAUACACGGCGAAGGAGAGCUUACAUUUUUGUUUUGCGGUGUCGAAGAUGUCAGGACUGUCAGAAACAGAGCGCGCUGGGUGUAAAAAGAUACUGAAAUUUAUGUCAAAAGGCGACUUACUUUCUCUUAGCCACACGGUCACCAAUAAGAUGAUAGUUGUAGAAAAUACUACAGAAGCUAUGGAAACAAUUCUCUCCUUCACUUUAAAUGCUGAGGAGCUCCUGAGAAGGAAGAAGGUCCUUCGCGACCUCAUAUUCAAGUACCUGGCCCAAGAGGGCGUGGUAAUGCCCCCGAACAGCGAGAAACACCAGCUGGUGAAAAGGACGCUGGAGCUCUGGUCGUCUGGAAAGGACAUGGUUGACGAAAGCCAUCUAGGAGAGAAGGAUGAGACCAGAAAGAGACUGCCCACAGAGACAGUGUCUGAGUCCACAAACAUGAAGGAUGAGGUGGGCUUUGACCCAUUGGUCCUUGGCCAGCAGUUCUGCCAAUGGUUCUUCCAACUCUUAAACAGUCAGAACCUCUCGCUGGGCCAACAGCCCCAGGACUGGGGACCACACCACUUCUGGCCAGAUGUGAAGCUAUGCCUCCUCUCCAGAGCUGGCAGCGAGCAGAUGGAGGACUUCCUGGGUGCUGAACUGGUUAGCCUUCGUCUCCUGGCCUUGACCAGGGAAGAGCGCCUCCUCCUCAGUCCCAACCUGGAGCCUCAUGGCCUCAGGGCGCUGGCCUCCCCCCAUGGCCUGGUACUGGUGGCCGUAGCUGGGACCAUCCACAGAGAUGAAGCCUGUUUGGGCAUCUUUGAGCAAAUAUUUGGCCUCAUCCGCUCCCCGCUGGAGAACAACAGCUGGAAGAUCAAGUUUAUCAACCUGAAGAUCAGAGGGAAGGAUGCUCUAGGUGGGACAGAGAUGGCAGCGCCCACCUUGAGUUACAACUCUACUGAAUUGCAGUUUCUCUGCAAUUGAUGACACUCUUUCUUUUAUAUUAUUUACCCAGUUUUACCCAAGGUUUGACUGAGCAUGCUGUCUCUAAUGUACAUUUGCCCAAACACAUUUUCUGAGGCAGUUGUCAGAGAUCGGAACUGGCAACUUUACUUACACAAACCUCCUCUCCUUAGCAGUCAUGUCAAGAUGUACAGGUAGGUGGACACUGUUGCAUCAAAAUCUACUUGGUAGGUACAUCGUUGAUGUGACAUAAAACAUGACAUAAUUUGAGAAAAGGUUCCCUUACUGUUUUCUGCUUUCCAGAACAUGAAAGUCUCUGCUGCAUCCUGUUGUAGAAAUAUUUUGCUUCAAACAUACUGUAGUUUGAUGCAAAGCAAGUUUUGCUUUUGCAUCAUGUGCCUUAUAUAAGAGAAAAUACAAAUACAGACAUGGACGUGCUUUUGUAAAUAUGUAUCAUAUCAAAUAUAAAGAUUAUAUUAACA